UUUUUUUGCUGGCGCCGAAUUUCGCCGCUAAAUAUACAAUAAUCGCCAUAAAAGAGAAUUCUCAGUUAUCUAGGCGCGGUUCUUAGUGUUCCUAAAAGGCUACGACCCGUGCUCCCGAAUACAGUUUCAUCCUCAAAACUACAAAUAUUCUGAGAAAUUUCGCUGCAAUCUGAGCUCGGAAGAAUCCGCCCCUGAACUGUGAAUUACAGUAGGAGGAUGAAACGAUUCUUCAAACCAGUGGAGAAGGAAGGCUCCUCCAAAAAACCCACACUCUCUUCUCCUACAGAAAACAAUGACGAGAACGGAGGGGUUUCAGAAGCGGAGAAGAAGAACAAGGAGCCUACGAAGUUCAUGACAUGGAACGCCAACAGCUUUCUUCUCCGCGUGAAGAACAAUUGGCCCGAGCUCACCAAGUUCGUGGCCAGCAUUGACCCUGACAUCAUCGCAAUACAGGAAGUAAGGAUGCCUGCAGCUGGUAGCAAGGGUGCACCAAAACGACCAGGAGAGUUGAAAGAUGAUACAAGCUCUUCACGAGAGGAAAAACAGAUUUUGAUGCGUGCUAUUUCGAGUCCACCAUUUCGAAAUUAUCAUGUUUGGUGGUCUCUUGCAGAUUCAAAGUAUGCUGGGACUGCAUUGUUUGUAAAGAAGUGUUUUGAACCUAAAAAGGUCUCUUUCUCUUUAGAUCGAACAGCUUCAAAGCAUGAACCAGAUGGUCGGGUUAUUUUAGCUGAAUUUGAGUCGUUCCGUUUCUUGAAUACAUAUGUGCCGAAUAAUGGAUGGAAAGAAGAGGAAACCUCAUUUCAAAGGAGAAGAAAAUGGGAUAAAAGGAUGUUAGAAUUUGUUUUCCAAUCUUCAGAUAAGCCUCUAAUCUGGUGCGGUGAUCUGAAUGUUAGCCAUGAAGAGAUUGAUGUGAGCCAUCCUGAUUUCUUCAGUGCUGCGAAGCUCAAUGGUUACAUUCCUCCAAAUAAAGAGGACUGUGGGCAACCUGGAUUUACCUUGGCUGAGAGAAAGCGAUUUGGCAACAUUUUAAAAGAGGGAAAGUUAAUAGAUGCAUAUAGACUCCUGCACAAAGAAAAGAAUAUGGAAGGUGGCUUCUCAUGGUCUGGAAACCCUAUUGGAAAGUAUCGAGGGAAAAGAAUGAGAAUAGAUUAUUUCCUAGUUUCAGAGAAACUCAAGGAUAAGAUUGUUGCUUGUGAGAUGCAUGGACAAGGGAUUGAACUACAAGGUUUUUAUGGAAGUGACCAUUGCCCAGUUUCACUGGAGCUUUCGCCAGAGCCCUGAUUUCAACUGAAGAUAAGUUUCCAUGUAUUAUCCAAAAGAUUGUUUCCCUCUUCUUUUGUACUGCACUUUAUUCGCUGAACUAACUAGAAGGAUUAAUUCAAGUGAUUUCAAUAUAUUUCCUUUUUAAUCA